AUGCAAAAUUACAAUUUAGUUAAAAGUUCUACACAAUUAAUCGAUACACCUUUAAUAGAUGAAGAUUCUAACAAAAAUAAUUUAUCGGCAACGUUAAUCCUAGAUGAUAACAUAAAGUGCUUAAACGAUAAUAAUAAUAAUAAUAAUAAUAAUAAUAAGAAAAGGGAAGAAAAUAAAAAUGAAGAAAAUUCAAAGGAAAGAAGUACUUCUACAUUUACAAUAGAUGAUAACAAUUUAAAAAGUUCAGAAGAAAAGAAUUUUGGAGAAAUAGGGAAAGAGAAUGAUUCAUCAGAUAUUAAAAUAAAUAAAGAGCCAGUAAUUUUAAUUGAUAAAAUUGAGAGAUGUUUAGUAGUGGAAUGGUAUGAAAAUGAUAUUAGAAGAGAGCAAAGAAUAUCUUAUAAAAAAUAUGGUAAUGAUAAGGCAAAAUUACGAGCGAAAGAAUUAAUUGAAAAAUUGAAAUCAGGAAUAACUUUUGAGCAAUUAUAUCCAGAUAAAGGGCCACCUAUAGUGAGAGUUUUUGAAAAUAUUGGUGUUUAUAAGGUAUCUUUAAUAAGAGAUAGAAUUGAAAGGGAAUGGAGAGUUGAAUGGAUUGACAACGGAGUCCCAAUGAAAGCAAGAUGGUCAUGCAAAAAAGUUGGGAAUGAUGAAGCUCAAAAAAGAGCUGAUAAUUUUGCUCAAAGUAUGAUUAAAGGAGUAUUUAAUCCAAUAUUAUUACACAAAGCUACUGGAACUAGAUUUUCUAGAUCUGAUAGAACUGUAGUAAAAAUUAAUGUAUAUAUGAAAAAAAAUGUAAAAAGAAAGAAUAAAGGAAAAAGUAAUAGAACAGAAAAAAAUACAACUAAAGAUAAAGGAAUUAAAGAAAAUCUAAGAAAAAGCAAAAUUGAAAAUAAUAUCGUUACUAUUACAAACAGUAAUAGUAGUAAUAACAAUUAUAAUAAUAUUAUAAGUAGUAAUGGUGAAAAUGAAUUAAAUCAAAAUUUAUCUAAUAAUCAAUAUAAUAUGAAAAAUAUGAGCAUUGUUACAGAUAAUAAUAUUAAGUUUAUAGAUAGUAAUGAAGGUUAUUCAAUAAACAAUUAUGAUAUAAAUGCAAAAGAGCUUUUUGAUAAAAAAAAAAAUUAUUCGAAACCUAGAAAUAUAAGAAUUCCUAAAACAAAAAAUAUUUAUAAAAAUGAUAAAAGUGUAAUGACUAAUAGAGGAAAUAAUAAAAAUACUAACGAUAUAGAUUUGGAUACUUUUUUACAUAAAAGUAAGUUUUCUAAUAGUGAUAAAAAAUGUGAGAUGCCUAAUACAUUUAAUGAUAGAAAUGUAAUGAAUAACAAAAAUAAUAAAAUAGAUUCUAAAUUAAAAAAUAGUUAUUAUAUAUCUACAGGAAACUAUGAUAACUUUUGUAACAAUAAUAUUAAUGAUGAUGAAUAUUCUUCUCAUUAUCCUUUUAUGCCUAAAAGUAAUAAUCCUUCUGAAUACAUAAAUUAUAAUAUUGAAAAUAACUUACAAAAUGAUUUACAAAAUAGUUUACAAAACAAUUUACCAUAUAGAAGUGAAGAAAAUUUUUGUUCUAAUUAUAUAAAUCCUAAUUCGUAUUCAAAAAAUAAUAUAAAUAAUGUUGCGAAUAAUUUUAAAAAUAAAAAUUAUUAUGCAUAUAACAACAAUUCCUCUUUAAUUAAUUAUAAUAAUACAGAUAAUUCUAAUAUUUUAAAAAAUAAUCAUUUUAUUAACACUAAUAAUAUUGAACUUCAAAAAAAGAGAUUGUACAAAGAAAAUAUUACUGAUGUAAAUAAAUAUAGAAAAAAAGAUAUAGAAGAAAACAAUAUGAAAAAUUUAAAUAUUCUUAAAAAAAAUAGUCGAAAGAAGGAAUAUAAAAUUGAGAGGAAGCUAAGAUAUAUGAACAAUAAAGUAGAAAAAAAAAAAAAAAGGAGAACUAAUAGAACUAUCAAGGAUAAUGAAACAAUUAACGAGUCUUAUAAUUACUCCAUGUGUUACAAAAUUAAUAUAACAAAAAAUAAGAGAGUACAAAAAAAAGAAGAAAAUAAUAUGAUAAAGGAUAAAAUAAAUAAUAUUUCAAGAAAUGAUAGAAGAAAAAAAAAUGAUUGCUUUGUUAAUGAAAACUGUGAAAUUAAAAAGGAUGGAAAUGAAAAUGAUGAUGAUGAUGAUGAUAAUGACGAUGAUGGGGAAAAUGGUGAAGAGAAUAAUGUGGAAUAUAAAAGAAGAGAAGAUGAGGAAAAAGAGGAUAUAAAAGAAUCUUUUGUUAGUAAAAAUAAUGAAAAUAUUUAUUUAUAUGAUAUUUUAAAUAAAAAAAAUACAUAUGAUUGUUAUAAUCAAAGAAAUGUAACUAGAUCAGCAUAUAGAUCAUAUAAAUCAAAUAAUGAUAAUAAUAGUAUGGAAUAUAAUAACUAUAAUUUGUAUAAAAUAAAUGAUGAAAAUAAUAUGAUAGUGGAAGGAAUUUAUUCCAAUAAUUUAUCUAGUAAUAAUGCAAGUGAUAAUAAUAAUAAUAAUAAUAAUAAUGAUAAUAAUAAUAAUAAUAAUAUAUAUUAUAGAAAUGAUUUAUAUAAUAAUAUGUAUGAUAAUAUAAAUGAGAAAAAUGUGUAUUUAAUGAAUUUUAAAAAUAUGAAAGACAAAAAUAAAAUAAUAAAUACUUUUUAUGAAAAUUAUCAUAAGCAAGAUAAAUUUAACAUGAAUUUUUUACCUAAUAGUGCAGUAGAAUUUGUUGAAAAUCCUAGAGGAUAUAGAGUAGCUUACGAGUAUCAAUCACAAAUUUUUUAUGAAUAUUUUGAGGUUCCGUUAAAUUCUCAUAAAGAUUUUGAAAUUCAACAAAAAUAUUUUGCCAAUUUAUUUUCUUUACAUAUAUUAGCAGUUGGGUGGAAUACUAAUAAAAAUGAAAAUAUAGAAAAUUAUGUUAAAGAAUUAUCAAAUCCGUUUCUUCAAAAUAAAAGCAUUUGUGAUUUUCCAUAUUAUAAUGAAAAAGAUUCAAAUUGUAAAAUGGAUGGAAAAAAAGAAGAUAUGAAUUCUAAUAUAUGUGAGAUUAAUUCAUAUUAUCCUCAAUGUAAUUAUAAUGUUUCGUAUAAUAAUAAUUAUUAUUACAAUAUUGAUAAAAAGGAUAAUAGUAAAGAUAAUGUAAAAACAAAUAUUUACAAUAAUACAAAUAGGAUAGAUAUUAUAAACUCUAUAAAAAGUACAAACAGUGUAAAUCAGAUAAACAAUGUGAACGAAUUAAGUCAUAUAGACAAUUUAAAUGAUGUUAAUAAUUUAAAUAAUGCAAAUAAUUUAAAUGACAUAAAUAAUUUAAAUGAUAUAAAUAAUUUAAAUGAUAUAAAUAAUUUAAAUGAUAUAAAUAAUAUAAAUGAUAUAAAUAAUUUAAAUGAUAUAAAUAAUUUAAAUGAUAUAAAUAAUUUAAACAAUAUCAAUACCUUUAAUGAUAUUAAUAACUUAAAUGAUAUCAAUAAUAUAAAUAAUAUUAAUAAUUUUAAUGAUAUUAAUAACUUGCAUAAUAUUAAUAAUAUAAAUGAUAUAAGUAAUUUCAAUGAUAUUAAUAAUUUUAAUGACAUUAAUAACUUAAAUGGUAUUAAUAAUUUUAAUGAAAUAAACAAUAUAAAUAGUAUAAAUAAUUUAAAUGGAAUCAAUAAUUUAAAUAAUAUAAAUAAUUUAAAUAAUGUAAAUGAUAUAAAUGGUAUGACUAACUUACACGAAUUAAAUGACAUGAAUGGUAUAAAUCACAUUAUUCGAAUGAAUGAUUUAAGCAAUAUUAAUAAUUUAAAUAAUAUGAAUAAUUUAAGCAAUUUAAAUAAUAUUAGUGAUAUGAAUAAUUUAAACAAUAUUAAUAAUAUAAAUAAUGUAAAUAAUUUAAAUGAUAUUAAUAACUUAAACAAUUUAAAUGUUUUAAAUGAUAUUAAUAACUUAAGUAAUAUAAGUAACCUAAAUAAUAUAAAUAAUUUAAAAAAUGCAAAUAAUAUAAAUGAUGUAAACAAUAUUAAUGAUGUAAAUAAUGUAGAUAAUUUAAAUAAUGUAAAUAAUUUAAAUAAUAUAAAUAAUGUAAAUAAUUUAAAUAAUAUAAAUAAUGUAAAUAAUUUAAAUAAUGUAAAUAAUCUAAAUAACGUAAAUAGCUUAAGUAAUGUGAAUAAUUUGAAUAAUGUAAAUAACGUAAAUAGUUUAAGUAAUGUGAAUAACUUAAAUGAUAUGAAUAAUUUAAAUGAUAUGAAUAAUUUAAAAGAAUUAAACGAUAUAAAUAGCACAAAUAAUAUGAAUCAUAUAAAAAGAGUUCACAGUUUAAACAAUUUGAAUAAUUUAGGAAAUUUAAAUGAUAUAAAUGAUAUAAAUGAUAUAAAUGAUUUAAAUAAUAUAAAUAAUGUGAAUGAAGUAAAAAAUGCAAGUAAUACAAAUAAAUUAAAUAAUAUAAAUAUUUUAAGUAAUGAAAGUAUGAACUUCACUAAUAUAAAUUUAGGUAAUGAAUUGAAUCAUAUUAAAGUAAGUAAUGAUGAAAAUAAUAUAAACCCAAUGACAAAUAAUAAUUUUAAUUUAGUAUAUGAAGAUAUAAAUAAUUUUGAUGAUAUCAAUGGGAACAUUAAUUAUAUGAAAGAAAAUAAGAAAAAAAUAAUGAAUGAUAUGAAUAAUAUAAAUAUGAAUGAUAUAAAUAUGAAUGAUAUAAAUAUGAAUGAUAUAAAUGGAAAUAUUGAAUAUAAAAAUAUGAAUAUUUAUCAGACAGCAAAUCAUGGAGAAAAUACAUUGUGUUAUAAUAAUUCUAAUGUGAAUUUAUAUAAUAAUUAUAUAAAAAAUGUAACAAAUGAAAAUUUUAAUUUAGUAAAAAAUUCAAAUGAAGAAAAUGAAGGUGAAUUAAAUACAAAAACUAUGCUUACUAUAAUAAAUAAUUAUAGUUCUCUUAAUAACAAAGAUCAUACUAAUGAUAUUAAUGAUGUUAAAAAGGAAGAAUAUUAUAAAAAUAUUCACAAUAUGAUAGAAGAAAAAAAAGAAUUAAAUUUAAAAUCUGAUAGUUUGGAAAAAGGAAGUGAAAUAAUUAACAGUGAACACAAAGAUUUACUAAUGAUAGGAAAUGAUGAAAAUAGUAAAAAAUGUUUAACUAAUGACAAAUUAAAUAUAUCAGAUAAAAAACUAUUAAUAGAUAAAAACAAAUCAUUUUCAAACAUUGCAAAUAAAGGAUAUAUGGAAAAUAAUAAUUCCAAAUUAAAAUAUUACCGUAAUAAUGAACAAGGAAAUUUCUUAAAUUCAAAUGAAUCUCUAAAUUAUGAAUUAAAUUAUGAUUUAAAAAAGUAUCAGAAAAAAGGUACAAUAAAUAAUAUAAAUAAGGAAUACCUUUAUUAUAAUAACAAUAACAAUGAAUAUGAAAUUUUUAAUAAGCACAAUUUUCCGUUUAAAAACAUGAUAAAUAAAAUAGAAAAUUAUGAUAAUAUUGAAAGAGAAAAGAAUUCGUGUGAUAAUAUUGUAAAUAGACAUCCACAAUUGCAAUUUAAAGAUUCUUAUUAUAAUUUAAAAUUAUUAAAUAAUGAGAAUAAUCCAUUAAAUGAAAAUAUAUUAGAAAAAAAUAAUAUAAAAAAGGUAAAUAAAAAUUUUAAUAAAUAUGAAGAUAUUUUAUAUGAUUACUAUUUAAAAAAAAACAAUCCAGCAAUGGUUUCGAUAUCUACGUCUACUACUAACACAAAAGAUUUAAAUAAUUAUGAUUAUUAUUCAAAUAAAAAAAUGAUAGAUAAAUUAAGAUCUACAUCUAAUUCAAGCACAAUUAAUACUGAUUAUUUAUCAAGUAAUCUUUUAAAUUCUAUAAGUAUUAACAACAAUCCUCAUUCUAAUAAUUUUAACGAGCAACUACAAAAAUAA